GUGCUGGACAGGCCCAUGCUGCAGCCCGAGUUCUCCCUUGGGAUGGGAGGCCAGGGCCACGGGCCUGGUCUCCUGACUGUGCUCCUGGGUCUCCUUGGCAUCAACUGGGCACAGGGGCAGCCACUCCAGCUACCAGAGCAGACUGCAGUGAUUGGAGCCCUCAGCAGGAAAGAGAGCUUUUUGCUCCUAUCCCUACACAACCGUCUAAGGAGCCGGGUCCAGCCCCCUGCAGCUAACAUGCAGAGACUGGACUGGAGCGAGAGCCUGGCUCAUCUGGCUCAAGCUAGAGCAGCCCUCUGUGGUACCCCAGCCCCAAGCCUGGCAUCUGCUCCACAGCGUGCCCCACACGUGGGCUGGAAUAUGCAGCUCCUGCCUGCAGGCUCAGCAUCCUUUGUUGAAGUGGUCAGCCUAUGGUUUGCAGAGGGGCAGCAGUACAGCCACAUAGCCACUGAGUGUGCCCACAACGCCACCUGCACCCACUACACUCAGCUGGUGUGGGCUACCUCAAGCCAAGUGGGUUGUGGAUGGCAUCUGUGCUCUGCAGGCCAUGCAGUGAUGGAAGCCUUCGUCUGUGCCUACUCCCCUGGAGGCAACUGGGAGUUGGACGGGAAGACAAUCGCCCCCUAUAAGAAGGGUGCCUGGUGUUCACUCUGCACGGCCAGCCUCUCCGGAUGCUUCAAGGCCUGGGACCAUGCAGGGGGGCUCUGUGAGGUCCCCAGGAACCCAUGUCGCGUGAGUUGCCGAAACAAUGGACGCCUCAACAUCAGCACCUGCCGCUGCCUCUGUCCUCCAGGCUACACAGGCAGGUACUGCCAAGUGCGGUGCAGUAUGCAGUGUGUGCAUGGCCGGUUCCGGGAAGAGGAGUGCUCCUGUAUCUGUGAUGUCGGCUAUGGGGGAGCCCAGUGUGCCACCAAGGUGCACUUUCCUUUCCACGCCUGUGACCUGAGGAUUGAUGGAGACUGCUUUAUGGUGUCUUCGGAGGCAGACACCUAUUACGGAGCCAAAAUGAAAUGCCAGGGCAAGGGCGGGGUGCUAGCCCAGAUCGGGAGCCAGAAAGUGCAGGACAUCCUCGCCUUCUACCUGGGCCAUCUGGAAACCACCAACGAGGUGACUGACAGCGACUUUGAGACCAGGAACUUCUGGAUCGGACUCACCUACAAGAUGGCUAAGGACUCCUUCCGCUGGGCAACGGGGGAGCACCAGGUCUUUACCAGUUUUGCCUUUGGGCAGCCUGACAACCAGGGAUUUGGCAACUGUGUGGAGCUGCAGGCAUCCACUGCCUUCAACUGGAAUGACCAACGUUGUAAAACUCGAAACCGUUAUAUCUGCCAGUUUGCAGAGGAGCACAUUUCACGAUGGAACCCAGGGCCCUGAGGAUGGCCACACAUCUCUACUGCCAGCCCUGGGAUGCAUCAACCCUCCUUGCCUGACUGCUCACUUAUGAGGAACAGGGGCCCAGCUAGGAUUGCAUAUCUCACAUCCAACAAAAUCUCAGACCAUGAAGGAUAAGGAAAUGGAACCGGAAGUGCUAGUGAAUCCUGUGAAGAAGGGAUCGUAGAGGAAUCUGGUGUAAAAGGACAGCCUGGGACCCUCAGCUUACCUUGAUUGGUGAGAUGGC